CUGGCUGCUCUGCUUUUAUGGGUUUUUCUGUAGCGAUUUCUUUGUGUCUUUUCUCCUACUGUUUGUGGAGUCGUUGAUAUAUUAUGCUUGUUGCUGUCCAGAUUCUACUUGUGCUCCAUGAUGUGACCACUGACCAAAAUAUUACAUCAUAAUUUCUUUGUAUGGAACAAAUUAGAAAUUAGAUAAUACUCUGCUUUGUUUCUUUGAAGAAGGAAUGAUGAUACCGUUGUUUUUGUGGUAAAACUUGGGGGAGAAAGACCUUAAAAAGCACAAACUACAACUUAAGAAGAUGGAUAAGGCUUAGAUGGAAAAUCUAGAGUGGUGGCCAGUAUCCUUGCUAAUUAAGAUGCUAAAAGUGAUUUAGAUACAGUUGAGCGUUCAACUUUUUCCAUUUGUUUGUCUCUAUUUAUAAGGCCAAGAAGUGAUAUUAUCGGAGUAGCUUGUGAAAGUGCUCAAGUAAGUGUUAGUCGAAAAUUGCAAAGCCUAUUAGAAAUUCGUCAAUGACCACUUGUUUUUAGACAUGGACAAGGUCCAAGCUGCAAAAAUUUAAGAGGGAUAAUUUACUUUGUAUUGGUGAUAAACUUUCAUGGAGGUACAAAUUUUGAUAGCAGUUUUCGUACACUCAAUUAUAUAAUUGUUUCUGCGUCUUUAACCAUCUUUCCUUUCCUUUUAGUUCGGUUAAUGAGGUCAUGGUUUUGUCUUCUGAGCACUGAGAUGAAAUCUCAUAACAAGUUCCUCGCUAUAUAUGUAAUUUGGCUAUAAUUUGCUGCUAGAAUAUAUUUAAAAUUUGUAGAACUGCACCGUGAACAAGAGAUGAUAAGGACCACUGUCCCUUCCCUCAUAUUCGUUUGAGUUCAAUUAUCAAAAAUAGGCACCCUAUAUGCUAAAGAAUUAUAAAAAAAAAAAAGAAAAAAAAAUAUUUAUUAACAUUUUUUUUCCCCCAUUUGGAACUCCAUAUUAUUUUCCAAACUUCUUGAAAUGAUAAGCAUAGUUAACCCUGAUGCCCAGGGACUAAUCACUUUCUAGUCUUAUUUAAGUUAUAUCAAAAGAGUCAGAAGUCUAUUCUUUUUUCAGACAUAUUCAUUUUUUCCUCUUUUCCUCUUUUUUCUUCUUAUAGGGACAUGCAUUUUAAGUAUAAUAUUUAAACAGGGAAUUUGGGUUUAUUUCAGACUUUUAAAGAACCAGUCAAAACCCCCAGAACUUUUUCUUUAUCGUUUUGCAUUGAACCUUAUCUUUUAUCCUGCCUCUCUCUGACUCUCAUCCUCUAUUAGAUGGCCGACAUCGUCAUUCCUGUUGUUGGAGAGCCUGAUUGACCUGCUCACGAAUGAAGCAUGUUUGCUUCUUGAAGUGAUUCAAGAAAGAUCAAGUCAAUUUGGUUCGAGGUGAUCUCAGACUCAUGAAUCCCUUCCUCAAAGAUUCUGCAGGGAAACACAGUGAGCAUCAUCUUGUGAAAGAGUUAGUUGACCAGAUCAGCGAUGUUGUUCUUGAGGCGGAGGAUCUUGUAGACACAUACAUAGCUAAAGACAUAAAACACAGGAGGAACCGGUUGGGGAAAUUAUUUGGUGUCUUUGGCCAUGCAAAUAUGCUUCGUGAUGAUGCAAGGAAGGCGACAAGCAUCAAGAAGACGAUCAGAAAUAUUUACGAAAAUAAAGCGAUCUACAGCAUCAGAGAAGCUAAUUGCAGUAGUAGUGUUGAUUUGGAGGCUAAACAAUCACUUCAAAGACAGAGAAGAGUUGAAGAAGAUGAUGUGAUAGGCUUCUCCAUUGCCACUGCAAAACUGGUGAUUCAUAUCAAUAUCAGAUGAUAUAUAUAAGGUGUUCGAUGAAGAAAUUGAAGCGACACUUGAGAGUAAAGAGAUAUUUACUUAUCAUGGAUGGUGUGUGGAAAACUCAAGUGUGGGAGGAUGUAAGAUCUACCCUUCCUAACGACUUAAACGGAAGUAGAAUAUUAAUUACAAGUCGAGAAAAAGAAAUUGCUCCACAUGCUAGCUCAGCUCCUCCAUAUUUCUUACCCUUUUUGACAAUCAUGCAAGUUGGGAACUCUUAUGCAAGAAGGGAUUUCGGGGAGAAAAAUGCCCUUCCAAUCUAGAAACCAAUGGGAGGAAACUUGCAGAAAAUUGUAAAGGAUUACCACUUUCUAUUAUUGUACUUGGAGGUAUUUUGGCAAACAAAUAGAAGUCACAAAAAUGCCCUUCCAAUCUAGAAACUAAUGGGAGGAAACUUGCAGAAAGUUGUAAAGGAUUACCACUUUCUAUUAUUUUAUUUGGAGGUAUUUUGGCAAACAAAUAGAAGUCAUAAAAAAGCCCUUCCCAUCUAGAAACUAAUGGGAGGAAACUUGCAGAAAGUUGUAAAGGAUUACCACUUUCUAUUAUUGUACUUGGGAGGUAUUUUAGCAAACAAAUAGAAGUCACCCAGUACAUGGUUCAAAUUUAUUGGCAAUAUCAAUUGGUAUCUUACGGAGGAUAAAGAACGAUGUUUAGACAUACUAGCCUUAAGUUACAACCAAUUGCCACAUCAGUUUGAAAGUGUGCUUUCUCUAUCUUGGUGUCUUUCCUGAAGAUUAUGAGAUUCCAACAUUGGAAUUAACCAAGUUAUGGAUAGCUGAGGAACUAAUACAACAAACUGGGGUUAGAAAGAUGGAUGUAAAUGUUGUUUCAGAAUACUACUUGGAGGAUCCCAUUGAUCAAAGCUUGAUCCAAGUUGAGAGUAAGAAAAGCGAUGGAAGUGUAAAAACAUGUCAUAUCCAUGAUCUCUUUCGAGACUUAUAUGUGUCUAUAGUUUCCAAGACAAGUUUUCUCAAGUUCAUUUAGUACUUGUGCAGGACCUUGGUUUGAGGCUUGGAAGAAUUUUGAGUUGCUGAUUUGUGGUUGAAGGAAAUGGAUGAGUACAUGGGGUCCAAGAAGAAGGCCAAGAAUUAGAGACUGAACCAGGUGGAAUGUUGUUGCAUUUUAGUUUGAGAUUUAAUUGUUUUUACUAGCAAACUACGUAUUAGUUUGAAAUUCAUUGUUCAUUGUUAAGCUAUAGAUUUGUUAUUAGUAUUUGUUUCGAUUUUGGUUUUUUUUUUUUUUUUUUUUUCUCUGAGAAAAUACUUGAUUUAACAAUACUUUGACUGAGAGAGAUAUCUUUUUGUAGAUUGUUGUAGUUAACUUUUAGGUGUUGGUGGCAUAUCUAUACUUAUUAUAUGUAAUAUGUAAUUGUUCAUUUGUUCAAUUUGAGUGUAAGCCGUAUCUAUUUAUGGAAACAAAUAAGAAUUGAAAUUUAUGCGAGCCAUGUGUCUUUUAUUUACUGUAUAUGUGGAAGGAAAGGACAAAAGACAUACUUGAUAUUGGAGGGGGUGGUUUUGUUCGGUGAGAUUUGGUCUAGCUGCUCUGCUUAUAUGUCAUUUUUCAUGUGUUCAAUGAAUUUGGGUGCAAUCUUUUAGCUUGUCAUCGAAUCAAAUAAGAAUGUGUCUUUUAUUUCCUGUAUAUAUGGAAGGGCAAACACGUAUUUGAUAUUGGAUGGGUGUUUUGUUCUGUAGAAAUUGUCUACCUGCUGUGUUCAUAUGGGUUUUUCUGUAGUAAUUUCUUUCUACUUUUUCUCCUCCUUCCAUCGUGUAGUUGAUAUAUUAUUCUUGCUCACCAAAUUCUACAUGCUUGUUAAACUCUUCCUGUGAAAUAGUUUAAAAGUUAGAUAAUACUCUGAUUCGUUUUGCUUUUUGUGUUAAAACUAGGGGCUCAAAGACCUUUAAAAAGCACAAGCUGCUGCUUAAGUAAAGGAAUAAUAAAUACUUUGAUUCGCAAAAGCAAUCUCCUCUGUUGCUUCUUAGCAAUGACAACAUGUGAAUAGUUUUAUGACUAGCUUGCAAAUAAUUGAACUUUUGUUGGAUGCAGGAAAGUAGUUGAAGAUGAUUAAUAUCAUCUUCAAGUCUAAGAAAGAUCAUGAAUUCAUGAAAAUCUUAACAACUGAUUCAGAUAUAAUAUAGAAUGAAUAAAUGAAAUUAGCAGAGCUUGCCAAUAUCCUUGCUAAUUGAGAUGCUAAAAGUGAUUUAGAUAUAGUUAACCAUUCAUUUUUCCAUUUUUAUUUUCUAUUUAUUUUUUUUAAUUUGUUAUCUUUAUAUAUAAGGCCAAUAAGCAAGGUGAUUGGACUAGCUUAUAAAAAGUGCUAAAGAAGUAUUGGUUGAUUCUUGCAAAGUCAAUUUUUUUUUUUUUUUUUUUUUCCUCAGUUUGUUAUCUUUAUAUAUAAGGCCAAUAAGCAAUGUUAUUGUUGUGGCUUGUAAAAAGUGCUAAAGAAGAGUUAGUUGAUUCUUGCAAAGUCAAUUUUCCAUUUUUUUCAAUUUGUUAUUAUCAUAUAUAAGGCCAAUGAGCAAUGUGAUUGGAGUAGCUUGUAAAAGGUCCUAAGUAUUGGUUGAUUCUUGCAAAGCCUAUUAGAAAUUCGUCAAGGACCACUUAUUUUUCUGACCCAACAAGGUCCAAGCUGUAAGAAAUUAAGAUGGAAAGUAUUGGUGAAACACUUACAGGAAUGUACGAAAUUUGACUGCAAUUUCUUAGAAUAUCUUAUAUAAUUGUUUCUGCCUUUCUACACAUCUAUCCUUCUGCUUAUGAUUGGUUGUAUAUGGUUUUGUUUUUGUCUUUUGAGCAUUGACAUGAAAACUUAUAGCAUAUUGGAGCUAUACAUGUAAUUUUGCAAUAAUUUUAUAUGUGCUUUAUUUUGGUUGCAUUGUGAACAAGAAAUGAUAAGGAUCAUUAUUUGCAUUCCACAUGUUCCAAGUUUGAGUUCUAUUAUCAAAAAUAAUUAGACUCCUUAUGUGCUAAAGACUUCAAAAUUAAUUUUAUCAAUUUUUUUUGUUCUUUCAUCUGGAACUCCAUAUAAUUAUCAACUUCAUCGAAUGAUAACGAGCGUUGCCCUGAUGUCCAGGGACUUGUCAUUUUUUUCAACAAAGAGUCAGAAGCUCUGUUUUAUUUUUCAGAUAUUUUUAAAGUUACGUUUUCCUUUUCUUCUUCUUGUGGUGACAUGUGUUCAAAGUUGAAUAAUCAAACAUGUUAGGUGGGUUUCGUUUUGCUUAUUUACUUGAAACUUUUUUAGGACCAGUAAAACACCCUAGAAGUAUUCCUUUAUUGUUUUUGCAUAGAACCCUAUCUUUUAUUCUGCUUCUCUCUGCCUCUCAUCUCAAUAGAUGGCCGACAUCCUCAUUCCUGUUGCCUUGGAGAGCCUGAUCAACCUGCUCACGCAUGAAGCAAGUUUGCUUCAUGAAGUGAAAGAUCAAGUCAGUUUACUUCAAGGUGAUCUUAGAAUUAUGAAUGCCUUCCUCAAAGAUUCAGCAGGGAAACACAAUGAGCAUCAUCUUGUGAAAGAGUUAUUUGACCAAAUCAGUGAUGUUGCUCUUGAGGCUGAGAAUGUCGUAGACACAUACAUAGCUAAAAUCAUAAAACACAGGAGGAGGAACCAGUUGGGAAAGCUAUUCGGUAUCUUUGGCCAUUCAAAUAUGCUUCAUGAUGUUGCAAGGAAGACAGCAAGAAUCGAGAAAAAAAUCAGAAAUAUUUACAAACAUAAAGCAAUCUACGGCAUCAGAGAAGCUGAAUGUAGUAGAAGUGUUGAUUUGGAGGCUAAUCAAUCACUUCAACGAAGGAGGAGAAAAGUUGAAGAAGAUGAUGUAAUAGGCUUCUCCAUUCACACUGCAAAACUGGUAAGCCAACUCACUGAUCAUGAUAGUUUAAGACGUGAUGUUAUUUCCAUCAUUGGCAUGGGUGGGUUGGGAAAGACAACACUGGCCAAAAAAAUCUAUAACAACACUCAUAUCAAGAAUCAUUUUGAUUGUUGUGCAUGGGUAUAUGUAUCUCAAGAAUACAGAGUCAAAAUUUGUUUCUUGACAUAUUCAAGUGCUUCACAUCAAUAUCAGACGAUCUAUAUGAGAUGUCUGAUGAACAACUUGAAGUGACCCUGCAUAACUACUUAAAAGGAAAGAGAUAUUUAGUUGUCAUGGAUGAUGUAUGGAAAACUCAAGUGUGGGAGGAUGUAAGAUCUGCUUUUCCUAAUGACUUAAAUGGAAGUAGAAUAUUGAUCACUAGUCGGGAAAAAGAAGUUGCUUCACAUGCUAGCUUAACUCCUCCUUAUUUUGUACCGUUUCUUGAUAAUGAUGCAAGUUGGGAACUGUUAUGCAAGAAGGUAUUUAGAGGUGAAAAAUGCCCUUCCAAUCUGGAAACUGUUGGGAGGAAACUAGCAGAAAGUUGUAAAGGGUUACCACUUUCCAUUGUUGUACUAGGAGGUAUUUUAACAAAAAAAGAGAAGUGGCCUGCGACAUGGUCCAAGUUUAUUGGCAAUGUCAAUUGGUAUCUUACCGAAGAUAAAGAAAGAUGUUUAGACAUACUGGCCUUAAGUUACAGCCAGCUGUCUCGUCAGUUGAAACUGUGCUUUCUAUAUCUUGGUGUCUUUCCUGAAGAUUAUGAGAUUCCGACAUUGGAAUUAACCAAAUUGUGGAUAGCUGAAGGAUUGAUACAACAAUCUGGGAUUGGAAAGAUGGAUGUGAAUGCUGUUGCAGAAUACUACUUGGAGGAUCUCAUUGAUCGAAGCUUGAUCCAGGUUGCAAGUAAGAAAAGUGAUGGAACUGUAAAAACAUGUCGUAUCCAUGAUCUCUUACGAGAUUUAUGUGUGUCCCAGAGUUACCAAGACAAGUUUUUUCAAGUUCAUCUAGAAGGUAUCCUUUCAUCCAGUACCAAGCCUCGAAGACUCUCUGUCCAUUGCAACCCUUCUAAUUAUGCCGUUGCCUCCAAUGCCUGUGACACAUCAUCUGUUCGUUCUUUGAUGUUCUUUUGCCAAGGGAAUAAUUUUGAGAAAAAGCAUUGGCAAUGGAUUUGGGAAGGCUUUAAAUUUAUACGGGUGCUGACGCUUUUGGAUAUAGACAACAUAAGCUCAAUUCCAAACAAAAUUGAGAAGUUGAUCUAUCUGAAAUACUUGAAGAUUGGCAAUGACAAAAGAACAGAAGGCUUAAGAUCUAUAGAUACUAUUCCGGAUUCUAUAUGCAAACUUCGGUAUCUGGAAACAAUUGACUUAGGAAUUCAAGUUAAAGACCACUCAUGGCCAAGGGGUAUGUGGAGAAUGAAGCAAGCAAGAUAUAUGCAGGCUUAUGGUCCAAUGAAGUUACCUGAUCUGCAGCCUCAAAGUUGUGGAAACGACAACAUUCUAUGCAAUCUUCAAGUCAUUUCUGACAUAAAUGUUGAUAGGAAAACUGCCCUUAUCAUUUCCAAGUCCAAAUUUCCAAAUCUAAAGGAACUGAGUUUAUGUUAUAGUGCUUAUGAGGAACAUAUGGACGGAUUGGAGAUUACAGAAGUACUGGUAAGCCUUGAGAAUCUAUGUUACCUGCAAAAGUUGGAAAUCAACGGUUUUCCCAAAUGUCAACCUCAUUUCAAAUAUUUGGCAUCAACACUCACCAAAGUAUCCUUUUAUGGCUCAUAUGUGGAUUCCUUCUUGGUAAGAAUCCUCGGAAAACUUCCAAAUUUACUUUUUUUGAAGAUAGAAAGGGCUCAGAAUGUUCCAAAGCUGAGUUUUGUAGCAGGUGAGUUUCCUCAACUCCAAGUUUUCAAAAUGAUCAACUAUGGUGUUGAAAUUUGGGAAGUGGAAAGAAAUGCAAUGCCAAACCUCCAGCAUUUGGUGAUCAUAAGAGACUUCACCAUGAAAGCUCUGCCGGAUGAGCUUUGGUGCUUGGAAUCUCUCCAAGAUGUGAAAGUGCAGGCUGUCUCACAUUGUCUGUGGGAGUUUCUGUUGGGAUUGAAAUGCAUAAUGAGCGUGAGAAUUUUCGAGGGGCCGACAGGGAAGCUCAAGGAAUUGACCAUGAAAAAUGGUGCAAAGCUUCUCAUGCAGCAUGAACAUGAUGAGUGGUACAUGAAAUAGGUAUAAUUUUUGUGUUGUUAACUUUGUAACAAGGUCUGUGCUACACUUCCAUGUUCCAAUGUAUUAUGUACAGUUAGCCCUUCUGGGGAUAGAAGCUGAUUGAUGGUCAGAUCACCUCAAAUCAAUGUUAUCUUGUGCAAUGAUCAUGAGUUCAAAAUUUUCACUUCCGAUCAAGGGAGAAAAAAAAAAAAAAAAAAAAAAUCUGG